CUCUCUACAAUUAAAAAACCCAAAAAUAGAAAUUUUAGAAAAUUCGCAAUUCUCUCUUUUCUUUGAAUUCCCUCUCAAAAUCUUUCACUUUCUCUCUCUAGAAAUCAUAGUGAAAAUGGGAGUUUCCGAUACGAACCCGCUUACCCAGCUGAGUUUGCCGCCGGGUUUCCGGUUUUACCCGACGGACGAAGAGCUUCUGGUUCAGUACUUAUGCCGAAAAGUCGCUGGGCACCACUUCUCUCUUCAGAUCAUUGCAGAUAUCGAUUUGUAUAAGUUCGACCCGUGGGUUUUGCCCAGUAAGGCCAUGUUUGGAGAGAAAGAAUGGUACUUUUUCAGUCCAAGAGAUCGGAAGUACCCAAACGGGUCGAGGCCAAAUCGGGUAGCCGGGUCGGGGUAUUGGAAGGCUACUGGAACUGAUAAGGUGAUUACUACAGAGGGACGAAGGGUUGGAAUCAAGAAAGCUCUGGUUUUCUAUGUGGGUAAAGCUCCCAAAGGAACAAAGUCGAAUUGGAUCAUGCAUGAGUAUAGACUCUAUGAGCAAACAGCCAAACAUGGAAGCAAAAAGUUAGAUGAUUGGGUCCUGUGUCGGAUCUACAAGAAGAACUCGAGCGCCCAAAAACCCAUUUUCGAUGAUCCAACCAAAGAACAGAGCCACGGUUCCUCCUCCUCCGCUUCCUCUCAAUUCGACGAUAUGUUAACAGACUCAUCAUUACCAGAAAUCAAUCACCACUUCUUCACAUUACCCAAACCCAACUCCUUCAUACCCACCCGACCCGACGACAAAAUCAACAUUCAGAGCCUCUCUUCGGCCAAUUUCGACUGGGCAACUCUCGCCGGACCCACCACCACCUUGCCGGAAUUAGUUCCCGGAAACCAAUCUCCGGCGAAAAUUAUGAAUACCCACAACAAUACCUAUAAUGACGUGUGUGUCCCUUCCUUUGGGAGCUCUGUAGAUGAAGAGGUUCAGAGCGGACGCGGAACUCAGCGAGUUGAGAACUCGGGGUUAUUUCAGCAGAGCUCGAAUGGGUUCGCUCAGGAUUUUGUUAACUCGGUCGACCCGUCUGGAAUUCGGUACCCGUUUCAGCCUGGACUGUUUGGGUUUCGGCAGUGAAAGAAUGGAGGGCAUUUGUGUAGAUUUAUGGAAUUCUUUGGGCUAACAUUUUGGCUUUGGAGAGGUGGGUGUGGAGAGGAAUUUAGUGGAUGCUUUCAAAAAGAUUGGGCUGUAGCCUGUAUUUCAUUAUGAAUUCGAAAAGAAAAAUAAAAAAGAUGAGAUAAAUGUGAAUGAAAUGUAAAUUAAUUUUUUUUCUUUUCAAAUUUAUGAUCCAAAUAUAAUGAUAUGAAAAGGGUGUUAGAGAUUUGUUGCGGGUUGAAGUUUAAUUCAUUUUGUACUAAGUAGGGUACAUAUUAAGUUAUAAUUAAGAGUAAAUUUAUCUCGAUGGAAAUAAAAUAGUCGGUGAUAUUUAAUUUAAUUUGA